AUGGGAAAUCGAAGUGGUGGUUCACGUCGAAAACGUGACAAUGCUUAUGUGUACACAGAUAGUCAACGUGGCAAUGAUUAUCGAAGAAACGGUGGUAGUAACGGCGGAGAUAACAAGCGAAAGCAAGAUUCAUCUCUAACAGGAACUCGUCAACAGAAUAGAAACGGUUAUGCAUCAGAACCAGCGGCCAAAGUAGACAUCUAUAGCAGAUCGAAUUCAAAUAAAUUAAUCUAUGUGGCUAAUUAUGAUUUUAAUGGAACAUCAUCGGCUAAUGAAUUGAGUUUUCGUAAAGGUGACCGAUUAGAAAUACUCGAUAGAUAUUCUUAUAACGAUUGGUGGCAAGCGAAGAAUUUACGCACCAAACAACUCGGUUAUGUACCAGCAAACUACAUUUCGGCUAUAAAUGAUCUGACUGCAUGCGAAUGGUAUUUCACCGAAACGAACCGUCGCGAUGCAGAACGUUUUCUUGAACAACCGCAUAAUGGCAAAGGCACGUUUUUGAUUCGACCUUCGGAUACAAAUCAAGGUCAAGAAUCAUUAUCUGUACUUGAUUUAAGUAAUGAUAAACAUUUUCAUGUUAAACAUUACCGUAUACGACGAACUGAUCAAGGAUAUUAUUAUAUUAGCAGCAAAAUAACUUUUCCGUCUUUACAAGAUCUUGUGGAUCAUUACCAAACAAAUGUGGAUGGUUUGUGUUGUUUAUUGACACGAUCUUGUCGAAAAAUCGAACCAACUGUUCCCGCCGAUCGACACGGAUUAUUAGAAUUGGAUCGUACACAACUUUCACAAACAGAGUUGUUGGGUCGAGGAAACUAUGGCGAAGUUUAUAAAGGCAAAUAUGGGCAACGUGAUGUUGCUAUUAAAUGCAUGAAGACUGAUAAUAAGAAUCGUAUAUGUAAUGUGGAUAAGUUUCUCGACGAAGCAAAAAUUAUGAAAGAUCUGCAACAUAAAAACAUUGUUCGAUUGUACGGUGUUUGCACGCAGCAAGGACCGCUUUCCAUUGUUACAGAAUUUAUGGCAAAUGGUUGUCUAUUGAAUUAUCUACGUGACGGACCAGGAAAAAACAUGAAGUUCAAGGUCAUUCUUGACUUCGCUGCACAAAUUGCGAAAGGAAUGGCUUACCUCGAGCAAAAACGAUAUGUUCAUUGUGAUCUAGCUGCGCGAAAUAUUCUCGUUGGAGAAUCAGAUGUUGUGAAAAUUGCUGAUUUCGGGUUGGCUAAAAUCCUUCAAGGUGGUCGACUUAUGGUCGAUCGAGAGUCUCAAUUUCCAAUAAAAUGGACUGCGCCUGAAGCCGCAACUAAAAAGGAGUAUACAACAAAAUCAGACGUGUGGAGUUUCGGUAUUCUUCUCUACGAGCUAAUCACACAUGGCUCAAAUCCUUAUCCAGGAAUGUCAAAUAAUGAAGCUCUGCAAGCUGUACUCAACGGCUAUCGCAUGCCAAAACCGAACGAUUGUUUGGAUUAUUAUUAUCAAAUAAUGUAUUCUUGCUGGCAAGACAAUCCAGAAAACCGGCCGACGUUUGAAACGCUCUACAUGCGUUUCGAUGAAUUUAUGAUUCAAGCAGAACCAAGCUAUCGCGAGACGUAA